CGCGCAGACUCAGAGCCCUCUCCUGAAGGCCGGGCUGAGAGGCGGGGCGGCAGCUGCGCGCGUGCGCAGACGGGAGCUGAGGGCCGGCGGAGCCCCGGCCGGACUGGCGUGAGCGGUUGGAGACACGAUGCAGGACCCCAACGCAGACACUGAGUGGAAUGACAUCUUACGCAAAAAGGGCAUCUUGCCCUCAAAGGAAAGUUUGGAAGAUUUGGAAAAGGAGGCAGAAGAGGAGGAGCAGAGAGUCCUCCAGCAGUCAGUGGUGAAAACAUAUGAAGAUAUGACUUUGGAAGAGCUGGAGGAUCAUGAAGAUGAAUUUAAUGAGGAGGAUGAACGUGCUAUUGAAAUGUACAGGCAGCAAAGACUGGCUGAGUGGAAAGCAACUAAACUGAAGAAUAAAUUUGGAGAAGUUUUGGAGAUCUCAGGAAAGGAUUAUGUUCAAGAAGUUACCAAAGCCGGUGAGGGCUUGUGGGUAGUCUUACACCUUUACAAACAAGGGAUUCCCCUUUGUGCCUUGAUAAAUCAGCACCUCAGUGGACUUGCCAGGAAGUUUCCUGAUGUCAAAUUUAUCAAAGCCAUUUCAACAACCUGCAUACCCAAUUAUCCUGAUAGGAAUCUGCCCACGAUAUUUGUUUACCUUGAAGGUGAUAUCAAGGCUCAGUUUAUUGGUCCUCUGGUGUUUGGCGGCAUGAACCUGACCAGAGAUGAGCUGGAGUGGAAACUGUCUGAGUCUGGAGCAGUCAAGACAGACCUGGAGGAGAACCCUAAGAAACCGAUUGAAGACACAUUGCUGUCCUCAGUGCGGUGCUCUGUCCCCCUGAGGAGGGAUAGUGAUUCUGAGGACGACUAAGGCUGCAGCUGCCACAGCUUGCCGAACUUUCUUGAUGUGACAAAUUGUCUGGAUUUUUGUAAACAAGAAAAAGUAAGAAUGAAUCAUUUGGGUUUUCAAAGCCUUUUAUAAUUAUGUUUCAAAUCUCAUACAUUUUAGAAAUGAUUAUUGCUGGGAAUUCUAUCAAAUUUCUUGGAACUCUUUUUAAAUUAUAACAUUUCUUUAAAAAAAAAUUAAAAACAGCCAUUGAUAUGGCAAAUGUCUAUGUUUUUCUCACUUAUAUUUUAAGUAAGCCAUAAAACCUAGUCACUAUUUUUUGAUGUACAACUAUAUAUAAAAAGAAAUAUGGAGUUUUAAGUAAAUGUGAAUAAAUUAUACAGUGGAAAAUGGCAAACUAAGCUUUAUAGUUACAUUUUUUAUUUUUAUUUUAUAAAGAUAGCAAUACAAUUAUCAACUCAACAUAGAGGAACAAUCUCUAGAAAAAAAAUCUUAGUAUUUAUCCUAUUUAGAAGAAAUAGACAAUAAUUUUUGUGAAACAAACAUUGUCUUAUCAAAGCAAUAAUGGAAAGAUUCCAGUUUACUGCCAUAUUUGAUUAAAUGUUUUUUCUAGUUAAUAUUUGUGUUGGGGACUGUCGAGGUAUCAGCUAUUUUCGUUACUAUAAAAGGUCACACUAAAUUCUUUUUUGGAAAUAAAGAUAUAAUCACACAUAAAAAGAGAUUAACUAUGUCAUUCAGUCAAUAAAAAACAUCAAGUUGUUUUGUGAA